GAUUCAUCUGCCCUAUGCUUUACCGAGUCUAAGAUGGAUUUCUCGCCGGAUUUACUACCACAUGUGAGGUACAUGCCUCCCGGUCAUGUCGCCGCAGUCGCUAUUGCUGCGGGAUUGGCUUUCUUAUUCUACCAGCUGCUCACUCGUACCGAUAUUGCAUACAUCAAAGUGGUGGCGCCAUUAUGGCAAUUCUGUCUUUCAGAUUCGGCUAGGAAACACACGUGCAGUCGUCGUCAGCUCUUUUGAGGACUGCAAGAAGAUUCUCGUGUCAAACGCACAAGGACUGAUCGAUCGGCCAAAGUUGUAUACUUUCCAUGGACUCAUAUCAUCAACACAGGGAUUCACAAUUGGAAGCUCGCCGUGGGACGAGAGUUGCCGCAAUAAGCGCAAGGCUGUGUCGACUACACUGAGCAAAGGCAUGAUGAAGAAUUAUUACAACAUGUUUGAUUUGGAGUCCUACUGCAUCAUCAAAGAUCUCGAUCGUGACAGCAAAGGUGGGGAUGUAGAAGUCAGCAUCCGUCCAUAUAUUCAACGAUACGCUCUUAAUACCACACUUACGCUCUGCUACGGUAUUCGUAUGGAUGCCGUCUACGACGAUCUGCUUCGCGAGAUACUCGAAGUUGGAUCUGCAAUCUCACUUCUCCGCUCAGCGUCUGAAAAUUAUCAAGACUAUAUUCCUAUUCUACGAUAUCUUCCCAACAAUGAGAAGAACCGGAGGUCGAAAGAGUUGCGUGAGAGACGCGACAAAUAUCUCAACUCUCUUCUAGAAAAGGUUCGUGAUAUGAUCAAGAAGGGUACCGAGAAACCCUGCAUCAGUGCGGCUAUCCUCAAGGACGAGGAAACGCGUCUUACAGGCGUGGAAGUAAGCUCGAUAUGUCUCUCCCUUGUAUCUGGCGGCUUUGAGACUAUCCCCGGCACACUUAUGUCUUGCAUUGGCUCCUUAUCUACACCAGAAGGGCAGAUAUAUCAAGACCGCGCGUACCAAGAGAUCCGCAAAAUGUAUCCAACCGAUGAGGCACUGAGAGAAGCAUGGGCAAAUGAUUUCGAGAAAGAAGACGUACACUAUUUGAACGCUAUUGUAAAAGAAGCAGGUCGCUACUAUACCGUCAGUAACAUGAGUCUGCCACGUAAGACGGCUAGCGAUAUACAGUGGGGCGAUGCCAUAAUACCAAAAGGAACAAUGGUUUUGAUCAACGCGCAAGCUGGAAACCACGACACAGACUACUGGGGCCCUACAGCCGCAACAUUCAACCCAGAACGCUGGCUCAACCCGCCAACCCCCUCCUCCUCAUCAAACUCCUACACCCCCACCAACAAGACAGCGAAUCCGCCUCAUCUUUCAUUCGGUGCAGGCUCGCGGUCCUGCCCCGGCGCCCUCAUCGCCAGUAAACUCAUCUACGCAGCUUUGUUUCGGCUGCUCAGUCUGUAUAAGAUCGAGGCGAGUGAGAGACAUCCGCCGAAUACGGAUUAUGUGGAUUAUAAUGCGAUUAAGAGUGCGCUAGUGGCUAUUCCGCGGGAUUUCAGUGUCAGGGUGAGCAAGAGAGGGGACGGGGAGUUGGUGAGGGCGGUAUUGGGGGAGGGGGAGAGAAGGACAGGGGGGUUUUAUAAGGAGUAA